AUGGCUGACACUCAAAAUCUAAGCAUCAAAAUUUUGAUGAUGUUUGGCGUAGAUAUUCUCAACUUAGUUGGAAAAAAGUUAAAGAAAGAUAAUCCCGAAGACUGUGCGCGUGAAGUCCGAGUUAUGUUUCAAAAUGUUAGAGUCAAAUUAAAUACUGAAAAUCAAUACGUACAUGAUCGUUUGAUAUCUCUGUUUGAUCGAGAAGAAGUAAAUUCUAUGUUCUAUUUUCAAAAUAGCGACGACAUGGAACUGUUUCUUGAAGAAUUACACACAAAAAAAGGAUUAGUUGUACACUGCUCAACGAGCAUCGCGUAUAAUGAUCCGAUGGAUGAAUUAACAAAUAAAACAUUAUCGCAUGGCGAUCAAGAUUUAUUUCCUGUACAAAAGAUACUCAAUGAACCAAAUGGUAACAGUUUUAUUGUAUUAGCGUAUAUCUUUGAAUUUAGAAAAAGUGUUUUAACGUAA